AGGGUGUGAUAUAGGUACUAGUGUCAUUGUUCGGAAGUUUUUUGGCUGCACUUAUCAACCCGCUUCCUUUGAUGUAUGAGGAACUAACUGUAAGUCCUUGCUCCCUAUUCAUCUUAGUAUAGCUCGUACAACGAACUAGAGAAAAAAUUUUGAUUGAUUUACGGUAUUAAAUCCUAUGUAUUCCUAAUCAGUAAAUCUAGUCUGUUCACAAGUACUCACUUACGGGAGUAAACUCCUAGUCGUCCUAACAAGAUGAUCUUGAUUUUGAUUGGCAAUAGCAAGAGACGACCUGGAGAGCGACAGAUGGGACUCUACUCCUUCUCAUUGCUGUCCCUAGCACUCUUGCUAUUCUCGAUAGGCGAAGAGUUGAGAAUAGGGCUUGUUCAGCAUGUACUCGGACAACGAGAACGAUCACAGCCGGACGGAGAGCGUGAGGAAGUCGUCGAUCCACUUGGUACAACUUCGACAAUGACAUCUCUGGAUGAAGAGGAAAAUCGCGAGAAGAAGAUAGCCGGUAGUACGCCGGUGACCCCAGUAGAGGCUAACCACGAAGCUGGCAUCUCCGGAGAUUCUUCUUAUAGUACGAAAGAAGUAGCAUCUACCACUUCUAGGUGGAGGUAUUUGUCCGCUUCAGCUCCAACCAGGUACUUUUUAACUUCGGUGAACUGCAAAUCCACUGAGGAGUUGCAGUCUGUGCAAGAAUGCGAGACUGCGGCUCACGGAUUGAUGGGCUUAUCUACUACGGCGCUUCUGAAACCAAGGGCUUGGCGACCCUUGAAUACCAUGAAUCGCGCUGGCUGUUGGUAUGAACAGGGCUCGAGGUUGCUAGUGUACAAAGCAGAAGGAGACGACCGAGACAUGAGCGCGAAUCACGGAGACUAUUUGCGCUUAUGUCGUCAACGGCACGAAGAUGAGCACCAUUUCGCGAGCAUUUAUUUUCCAACUGCAACGAUCUUGUUGGCCAUUGGCGUUUCGCUGCUUUGUUUCUUCGUCGGAACGUCUCUGCUGCGGGAUUUUUUGCCUUCUAGCUUGUUGCUAGUACUUAGUGGGAUGCUCACGAAGGUGCUAGGACACUUGUUUCCAGAGGACACGCCGAUAGCGCAAUUGAUCAACGCAGUGUCGCACGUGGAUCCUCAUGUCCUGUUUUGGCUUCUACUUCCCAUGUUGCUCUAUGAAGAUGGCGCAAGUGCAGAUUGGCGGGUUCUACGUCCUGUUUUCCGCAAUGCGAUGGUGCUAGCCGGGCCAGGGGUGUUGAUAUCGUUCUUGCUUCUAGCGGUGUUGAUCCGGGCGACGUUUCACAACCCGGUGCCGAAGGAGAUAGCACGGAUAGACGGUGGAAUACAAGUAGCCUCGUCGGAUCUGUCUCCGAACAGCAGUAGUGUGACUCUUGACGAUGCGGAUGCGGAUGUCGGGUGGCCUUUUGAUUAUGUGCACUUCACCAGUCAUUACAUACUGGACAAUAACAGUGUGGCCCCGCGACGCUCAAAGCACACAAAGUAAAUUAGCCGGCUAAUUUCCCUCGAUGGUUCGGAGGUCGUUCGUGACCCUAUUCGCAAUAACAGUGAUUUGUGGCUUACAGUGGGUACCAUUACAAAAAUUUGAAUUCCUAGAUGGCAAAAAAAAUGUCUUCAUUCUAGCCCUAGUACGAUUUCAUCUAACGACAAUCUUGUCUCCUUCUGGGCGUGAUUUUAUCCUAGUACGAUUUCAUCUAACGACAAUCUUGUCUCCUUCUGGGCGUGAUUUUGUCGGCCACGGAUCCUGUUGCGGUUAUUGGUGCGUUGAAGAAGCUGGGUGCGCCAGCGCGAUUAUCCUUACUGAUAGCCGGAGAAGCAUUACUGAAUGACGCGACCGCUGUUGUGUUUUUCCUCCUGUUCUUCGACAUUGCACGAGGAGUCAAGGAGUUUUCACUCGGUGGUAGCAUCCUCACCUUUAUUCGUCUGGCGUGCGGUGGGCCGCUGCUUGCGACUGUCGGAAUGCUUUUUGUCUUUACCAUGCUAAAACGGGUGAAGCACAUCGACGCAAACGUGUUUUUAUUCACAUUAUGGCUCUUUGUUUGUUUGGUGGAUGAUUUUUUGAAAUUGAGCUUUUUUUUUUGUCGAGCAUUGGCCUGCCUAACUCCUUCUUUGAAUCGACGAACCUUGAAUGCUCGAUUCUUGCUAGACAGUUCUUUGUAAAAUCAAUUGCUUUCUGGCAUGAAUCUUGGAUGCCUAAUAUUUAUUAGCUCCUCGUUCUUCAGCACUUCCAUGCCUCUAACCCAUGUCUCAGCCGUAGUCUUUGCCCUUUUUUUCGUAGCGGAGAUGCAUGAGAUUCACGUAUCUGGUGUCCUAGCCGUCGUCGCUUUUGCGUUCUGGUAUGCAGCGGUUGGGAAGGACAUGAUGCUGCUCAACGGCGGUGACCACUUAGCACACGCACACCAUCAAGUAAUCGGGUUUCUAGCGCAAAUGAGCAACGAUUUUAUCUUUUACAUAGCAGGCGUAGUGAUGGGCAGGUACAUGCUGUAUUCGGACAUGGGAGUAAGGGACUGGGCUGAAUUGGUGCUGCUGUAUUUUUAUGGGGGACCAAAAAUCGGUCAGUUGUUUUUUCAACAGCGGUCUGCGUAUUGUGCUCAUAUAUAAGAAAAUAUGCGGCAGUAGGAACCUCAUAUCUACUAGAUCGAAACAUGGAUGAAGAAAGAUGUCAACGAGGACCCAUAUAAUUAAAGAAAUACAGUGCACACCCGUCAAUAUAAUUGGCUGGGUAUAUCAUCAUCAUCAUCAUCACCAUAGUGCACUCCUCUAAUCCUGCAUGUGCCAUCUGUGUCGUGCUACGGCAGUGCUGCUACUCUUGCCAGUUCUGAAUACAACCGGGUUCGGGGUGUCGAUUAAAGAAGCGAUGGUCUGCGUCUUCGGUGGGUUGCGAGGUGCAGUUGGUCUAGCAAUGGCGCUCUUGGUGGAAUUGGAUCAGAGUACUUGACUUUUGCAUCUCUUCACCGCUUCGUUCAAUUUCAAAUUCAACUGACGCAUCAUGAUCCUAAGUAUUUGUUAUUCAUUCCUUUGUUAUAUUCAAUCACCUAGCAGGGUAUUUUUUGUUACUACAAGCUUUGUUCUGAGUUAUUGUUAAUAAAGUUACCUCCAAUAGAACAAACUGUUGCUAUUCAUUCCUUUAUCCAAGCCCACCAUGAUCCUCAUCACCCACACCCUCACCAGGUGCCGACGCCCUCGAUGUAGAGCUUCGUCUCCGCAUUGGCUUCCAUGUGUCCGGAAUGGCCUUGCUUACUCUGGCUAUCAAUGGCGUAGCGUUUGGGCGCGUCUAUAACGCCUUGAACCUCUAUCCAGGUCGUGGAGAGGGUCCUAAUCAGCUCAUGAUGCGCAAAAGCGCAUUGCUGGCUGAGGGAAUCAUUUUUGAGCAUCUGAAGGAGAUGCACCAUCACUGGUUGUUUUGUAAUAUUAUGGAACGAGGAGGAUUUUUUAGCUUGUGUGAUGAUUUCUUUUCUUGCAGGAGUUCACAAGGUUGGUUUUUAGUCGUCUAGAUCAGUCUUGCUCGUCUUGCUCUUGGAAAGAACGAUAAUAGAAUUUCUCUGAAGAGAGGAAGAAGUGCUCCUCGUCCCUAGGUUUGUGCAUGAUGAAUAAAUCACAAUGCUAGUUGCCUCUACUACAUGGGAAAUAAAAAGAAUGAUUAUGAUGUAGAUGAGUGCCGAUACCUGUACAACGAACCUCCUCUAAUACCAUGUCCGACGAAGCUAUUUUGAAGUUAGUUCCUAGAGUGAGCGAAAUGCUGAUGCACGAAAUCAAGGAGGACGAGGAAUUUUUGCGCAUUACGAAGAUCAUCACGGAUAAAAUGGACUCGGAAUCGGGAGCCACGUCACCUGCAUCUGGUCCCGCAGUGAAGAAGAGGAAAGGGGAUGAUUAAGACUCUCAUUGGCGAUACUUCUCAUUUUUCUUCUCCAUGAUACAUGAUUAUUUUCGUGAUUCUCAAGAACACCUCAGUUUUCUACUCUUGAGCAAAAGAGGCAGAUGUAUGCACGUCUUGCGAUUGCGAAUGAAAUGACUUUGUUGCUCUAUCGCCAACCUAUAGAAAUCACAAAAACCUCAUUAUCUUUCUCUCAUUUCAAGCACAGUUUUCUCUCCGCUUCAAAGCUCAUUAUCUUCUAAUAUGAAACCAACGGAACGACUAGUGACUCCAUAGACGAACAAGCGGCAGAGGUGAAUCAAGAGGUGCAGGAAAUGAGCAAGGUGUUGUCUGGGAUUUUGAUCCCAAAACGCUUAUUUAAGGCCCAAUAUGAAUAUUUAUUUCAUUUCUGCCAUUCAGUUCUCGCAGUUUCCUUCUUGGGAUUCUGAACGAAGAAGUGAAGCCUUCAGAGGGGAAGAAGUGAAAUGCUUGUUUGCGCUCUAACUUAUCCUCCCAAGCGAACCUCCACCAAGGCUUUUCUGGCAAGAAAGAAAAUGCUGGCCUUCGACGGUCGUUGACGCGCUUUGACAAUUCGCAUUCCUACGCAGAGCGGCUCCACGGUUUUUUCGUAGUACGUUGGGUCGAGUUCUUACUCCGGCUGGUGUACAAGACAUCGGUGUCUGUCGAUUUCGAGAAGUUGCGCGGCAUUCAGAAGGAACCGACGGCCUUAGAACGAGCUCUAGUUAUGCCUUGAGAAAAGCCAUCUUGCCCAACUGGCAUCUUCUUGGUCCCGUUUGAGAGUAUUACAUGUAUGUUGAUAAAAAGCACAAGAAAACUCGAUGAGUAAAAUGCUCAAGACUCAGUUGUCAACAUUUUGGCCCCUUCUUGUUCUUAAUAAGAGAAAACGAGGAGGGGGAAGGGGACCAAGCUCAAGACACCGACUGAGAAUGAGAUGGAUUUACAACUCAAGGUCUAAUCUAGACCACUUGCACGAGGAAUUUCAUAGUGCAAAACACUAUGAAAGGGUGUUUUCAAAAUUGGCGAGUGGGCACCUACGUAGAGGAAGCGCGCCACAAGUUCGAGGACAAGCAGUUUUCGAGCCAUUUGAGUGGGAGCAUCGCAAAGGCUUGUUCUGCUUUUUUUAAGGCCUAUAUUAUAUAGGAACUCGAGGAAGUAGUACAACUAGGUAGAACGAUGACACUGAAACGAAGUAAAAUUCUGUUGCAAGGAAUGCUAAUUCGUCCGAUAGCUCAAGAAUCCUUAUAAGGAGUUCGAGAUGAAAGUGCUUGUAAAACAAAAUAAGUCUAAGCACUUAGUUCAGCAUAACAAACCAAGUAAGCAAACCUAGCCCAGCAUAGAUUUUGUUUGAUGAAAGACCACCAUUACCUAGUCCACCAUCAAAUCGCAAUCUCCAUUGUUCUAACUCCUGAUACCUGAGAUGCCAGAGGCUUUUUUGCAGAGGCAAGAGCAUGCUUCUGCGUGGCUAAAGGACAGCUUUGACCCGUCGAAUGGUGGGAGUCAACAAACAGUGUUGAAUAUGUACCUAAACGCGCUCACAGCUGGUCUGGAAAUUAGGACCUUAUUUCUUUUUCAUGAGAUCGAGAGCAUUGAUUCCGAUUUUCAAUGGAGGACUCAAGCCCUGGAAGCUAUUUGUGUUUUUUCUACAGACAAACAGACACUUUAAAUGAAUGAAUCGAGUCCAGGAGGGAUGUCUACUUACUUGGAUCGUGCUCUCAAGGAUGCUCUUUCGACCACUACUGCGUAUCCUCUAACAAAAGGUUGCGCAAAGAGCGUCACGGCAUCGCGACUUGGUCAGCGGCGGCGAUUGGCGAAGCAUUGGAGUUCAGCUAUGAAGCGCGUGACGGCAUAUUGAGGUCUGAUGCGUGUUUGCGUGGAUUUGCGAAGAAGAAGUUCUUCCCCAAAAUGCCAGAAGAAAUAUGGACGCAACCUGCAAGCCUUCAGAGACAAUGGGCUUUGGAAUUGAGGCUGCAAGAACUUGAACUUCCUUGUCGUAGGGUGCAUAGAAACUGCCGUCCUCUAGAAUAAUCUCAUAAUUUACCGUCUAGAAUAAUCAUAAUAUUUAUCAGUCUAUCAAUUUACAUCUGGGUCACAACCUAUUACUUAUACUUUAUAGAUAGAUACCAAUGUUCUGUGGGUCAGGGUCUAUUUGCUUGCUGUAAGUGAAGACACUAAAAAUAUGUUCGCUGGCGUGAUGUUUUUCAUUGAAGAAUCAAAUAUUUGGUACACUUCAGUAGACAAGCAGUAUACUUCAGUAGACAAGCAUGAUGAUGAAAGAUGUCAACAGAUACGAUUACGUAUGGGCCGUCUGCUCUCCAAUGAUCAAGACCAUGCUCUACUUGGUUAUUCUAAUACAAGCGGGCUUCUGUCGUCUCUACGCCUCUUACGGUAGUGUCUACACACCGAUUUACGCCGCGGAGACGAAGUUAUACGAGCGUCUUCGCACAGAUCCGAACGCUGAGAAUGAAACCGAAGAUGUAGAGGAUUACACCCCAUCAACAACAAAAAGUAAUUCUAAAACGGCGCGGGGCGUCGAAUCAUCUCCCUACAGAGUCGGCGUUUCCCCAUCCGAUGUUAGAGGAGGUGAGAGCGCAUCAUCAUCAAAAACUACACCUAGUAAAGGGACGAAGAAAAAAAAGUUUGCGGAUGUGUUGCAUGCAAAUCGAGUAUCCUUCGCGAAACUGGAAGAAGGUGCUCGUGCACUCCUCUUCUACUGCCUUUUGGUCGAAAACGCGCGGGCGCUCCUGCAGCCACUCAUACGGUUAAGACUCUGUCUGAAUUCAGCGUUGAGGAUGUCACUGCCAUCUUUGUACAAGAAUUUUCAAUAGCUAUCCGAAACGCCGGAACAUAUCUCUCAUUCAUGACCUUUCUCGUCCACAUAAGAGCGCAAUCAAAAACAUUUAAGGUUUCUUCUUGGGACUAGUUUCACCUUGUCGAUGGUUAAUGAAGACCAUUUGAGGUGCGUUGACGAUGAACUAGUUGUACAUACGUUUUUCUAAUCCCUGAAGCAGUAGUCUUGGAUGAAGCAGAGAAGGUUGCGGAAGCGAAGAGACACGUAGAGUUUGAACAAAACAUGAGACAAGACACUGUGGAGUUGGGUAGCAUCAGGCAGAACACCAAGGACCUAGUGGGGAGUGAGCAGCAAGGACCGGCGCCAAGAAGAGCGAAUACAAUUAAGACCUAGAACUAUUUCUAUCUAGAUUUGUGUUGAACAAUUUCUACUUGGGCUUUAAGGUGACCUCCUAGCCCGCGCAAGAACUACAACUUCGCUCUUGUUGCAACAGGGAAAAAAAUAAGGAAAGAACGAAAUCAAUAUGAUUUUCAUCAAAAGAUACUUCGUAUAAGUACUCAGCAUGCCUCCAGCUGAUGUAGCAUGCCAAGAACUUCCAUUGCUCUAAUCUGAGAUCACCUUCAAGUAUUCCUAUCGGCAAAUCUUCAGGAGAGGCGCUUCCUAUGGGUGUUUCAUCUUCUACGAAAGCACUCCAGGAACGUUUUAUCACAGGCAGUGUCAUUAAGGCUCGUCCUCCAUGUAUUUCAUUUCUUUGCACGGGCUCGUUCUACAACGAACUUCAAGAAUGAAAUAGAACCUCCCAACAAGAAACGAAAUUAUACGUACUUUGAGCUCUUCUAAUGUCAGCUUCGCUCUCGAUCAAUUGGAUACGAGUUUGAGGCGCGUCCUCUAUGCCGCCAGAACCCUGCUCAUCAAGACGUUUUUGGAGCCGUUCCCACGACUCGGGAAAGCCUGGCUGCAUGCAUUAUUGGCACGAGGGAUCACAGAGGACAUGUACAGACAGCUGGAGUUGUGUCAACAUUAAGACUUCUUCAGAGAUAGAUUAUCCAUGUAGAAGUAAGUAGAUUAAGUAUCCAUGGACAACUUAGUGAGUACUAGAUUUGUAGAACUUCUUCCACUUUCUGGAUGAGAAAAGUACAGUACUUAUUUUUCAGCGACCACAGCACUAUGAAUGAUCGUAGACUAGCACUAGUUCUGUUUGUCGAGGGAAAGCGAGGAGAGGUACAUGCACAUUGAUUUGUUUAGUUCUGUUUUUCAUCAAGGGAAAAGAUGAGUCACGAAGAUGUAUUUCUUGGAGAUGGAGAAACAAAAGAGUAAUCUGGUGGGCUACGAUUGGCAGCAAGAUGCUCAUCAUGCAGCUCUUGAUGAAGAGGAUGGAAAGAUACAAAUAGUGCGUAUAAUUAAUGUCAACUUGUUUCAACAAAAUAGGAAUAGCACACGACCACACAAGUUCUAACGACCAGCCGGAAUUCUCACAGGGCAGGAACUGUCUCUUCUAGAAGAACAAGUCUUCCAUGAAGUUUUCGAGCGAUUGGAAUUGUAUUUGCAGCUUGAGGGCCUGGCGGAUUUUGCAGCAGAAGACGAGCUCGAACAGGAAGAGAUGAACGCGGAUGCUGCUCCUAUUGUUAAGGUAGAGUUGUAUUGUUUUAUCUUUAUGAUGACCAUGACAGGACGACGAUAUCGCCGGCGCUUAAUUAGUUUUAGCAGAUAGGAGGAUACUUGGCGAUAGCUCCGCUUUUCUCUUUUCUAUCUCCCUCGCUCUGGUCUUUUUUUUUUCUAGUUAGGUCGGCUCCGCCACAAUUUAGGACGGCCAUGACUCAUAGUGAAGCAUAUACUCACACUGAAGCUGAAGGCUAUUACUUGUCCCACCUCUACUAGGUGUAGAAACAGUUUCUCUCAUCCCAAGCACUGUUCUACUCUCUGCUUCGAAGCUUAUUAAUUAUCCCACCCCACCCUCUGCUUGUUCCACUCUCCUCGUACCCUUUCAGUUGUUCCACGUACUUCUUGUUCUUGUUAUUGAGUUCUUCUUCUUCAGUGAUGUAGCUGUAGCUCUACUCACGUGGUAUCCUCUGGACGAAGAUACUGUUUUUAAUUCGAUCAGAUAUUAGAACUCUUCUUAAAGAAAUGCGAAACCAAUAAUUAAAGUUGUCUGUAAUACCCCACGAAUGGGUACAGUACUACUACUACAUCCUUGAAGAACAUGCAGAUGCACUUCUAUUUGAGUGAGUAUGUGGAGCUGCUUUCUUAACAUGUACUUCUCCGUCUUCUAGUACAUCAGCUGCUUUAACAUGUACUUCUUCUAGUUCUACUACAACUUCUUGUUCCUUUUAGUGCUGUAAGUUCCUUUUAGUGCUGUAAAAUAAAGAAGCCCCAAGAAUAAAACGAAUUCUUGUAAGUAAUAUGUGGACGUAGUAGAGCUUCUCUUCGUCUUCUAACAUCUGUCCAGUGAAACUGGACUUGCAUCUGACGUCCUCGCGGCACAAGGAACGACACGAGAUAAGGGCAAAAUGCCUAGCUGGAGAGAAUGCGGGAGCGAGGCGAAAGACACUGCUGAGCACCAUGACAAUGCCAUUCAUCGUCAAGAAAAAUUUUGAGGAGCAUGGCAGAGAAGGAGAGGGCCGCAAGGGCGACGGAGGAGAUGUUGGCAGAGAAGGAGGAGGAGAGGGCAGUUAAGGGCUACGGAACUACAUUCCGGACUACCAUCCUUGGCCCUUUUACUACUGGAAAUGAAGCCAGGGAUGUUGUGAGGAGUGGGAUUCUAAGACAGGGAAGGAGACGACAGAGAGAGAGAAGGCGCCGAAGAUACCAAAAACAAUGGAGAGCAUCAAUGAGAAUCAAGUUGUAGCUUGUUUACUAAGGAAGAUGUCCUAUUACGAGAAUAGAUGAAGAUCAAGAUUAUGAACAAGAAUUCUGAAAUAACUCAAUAUUGUGUUUACAUUUUUUGAAUACAACGAGAAGAAGAAGAACAACAACAUCACCGAACCCACUUGAUUAAGCAGUUAUAUUUCCCAGAAAAAAACCCAUGUGAUUAUGAUAAGAUAAGCAAAGUUUUCCAGGAAGACUCAUUCACGAAAUAUCCUACUACUAGACAACACGCGACUUACUAUACUAUAGAUUUGUCACAUCAUGAAUGCCUCUAUCGACGUUAGUGUGUCUCUGUCAGAAUACGAACGAACGAAAGCGAGGAGAGGAAAAAAAUACGCUGGAUCAAACCUAGAUUCUCAGGAAAAAAAUGAUCUUCAUCUACUUGGUGUGUCUGUGCUGUGAGAGAUGAUCUUCAUCUAUGGUAAAUAGAGGGGCUAGCUUAGUCUCUGUUGUGAGAGAUGAG